ACAUCACGUCGAGGUCCAACAGACAACACGAACGGACAAACAACACCAACAGCAAAAAUGAGCGACGCUUUAGACAGAUCAUUGGACGAGAUCAUCGGGGAACGCCGUCCGGCUCGUGGACCCCGCCGUGGACCUGGUCCGGACCGCUCGAGGGGUGGUGGAAGGUCGACUCCGUAUGACAAGGCAUGAACUCACCCAUCCCCGCUUGCGCAAACAGCUGCAGCUUUCGAAUCCAUAGAAACGUGAAAACUAAUAAACGACUUUUUUACGACAUACAGCCCGACCGCGCUCCUCGUGAUGGUGAUAGGUGGAGUCAUGAUCGGUAUGAGGGACGGGAGAGGAGGGGCGGAGGCGGUGGUGAGAGGACGUUUGCGGAUAGGAUUGGUGGAGGUGAGAGGAGAGAUCGCGACGCGCCCGCUCGUUUGAGGGUGAGCAACAUCCACUACGAUCUUAACCAAGACGAUCUCACGCAACUCUUCUCCCGUAUUGCACCCCCGAUCUUGGUCCGCUUGACCUACGACAACGCCGGCCGCAGUACCGGAAUCGCGUAUGUCGUGUAUGAAUCCAUCGCGGACGCACGUGAUGCGAUUAGACAGUUCGAUGGACAGAAAGCGGCUGGACAGCCUCUUGCGAUCUCGAUGGAUGGUUCGGGUGUACCGAGUGGCAGGGGUCGCUCGCGUUCGCCGCCUAGACGUGGGCAUGGAGAUAGCUAUAGGCCGGGAGCCGGUGAUAGGGCGCCCAGCGCACCCAGGGGACGGGGAAGGGGUAGGGGUGCAAGUGGAAGGGGAAGGGAGAGGGGCGAGAGGAGGGAGGUGAGGCCGGCGAAGACGCAGGAUGAUUUGGAUAGGGAGUUGGAGGAAUAUCUCAAUGGACGUGGUCAUGGGGAGGGGGGCAAGGCGGCGGCCGAUGGUGGAACCAACAAUGUGGAGGCUGCUUUGGAUUUGGAUGAAAUUAUGGCGACUGAUAAUAUUUGAGUAAACGGAG